AUGCCGAUCAACCAACCCUCCAACCAGAUUAAAUUCACGAAUGUGUCGGUUGUUCGACUAAAGAAAGGCAAAAAGCGAUUUGAGCUCGCCUGCUACAAGAACAAAUUGCUCGAAUACCGAUCCGGGGCCGAGAAAGAUCUCGAUAACGUCCUCCAAGUCCCCACAGUCUUCCUAUCAGUAUCAAAGGCACAGACAGCUCCAUCUGCCGAGCUCGCAAAGGCCUUCGGUCCCGAUACCCCCAGGGAUGAAGUGCUGCAGGAGAUUCUUCGCAAGGGCGAGGUGCAGGUCGGCGAACGCGAGCGCAAGGACAUUCUUGAACGAGUAGAGAAGGAAGUGCUGGAUAUUGUGUCUGGACGGCUCGUCGAUCCAAAUACGAAGCGGGUAUACACGUCGGGCAUGAUCUCCAAAGCACUGGACCAGCUGAGCUCGGCCAGUGGUCAGGUGCAACAAGGAGAUGCGAAUGCAACCGGAGAGGAGCAGCCGAAGAAGCCUCUGUGGACUGGUGUUUCUUCCAACCGAUCGGCGAAGAGUCAGGCACUUGAUGCUAUGAAGGCCCUCAUUGCGUGGCAGCCUAUUCCUGUGAUGCGAGCGCGAAUGCGCCUUCGCGUUACUUGUCCUGUGUCAUUGCUGAAGCAAUCUGUUAAGGCGGCUCCGAGUUCUGCACCUGCCAAGGAAGAAAAGGUGCCGUCCAAAGGCAACAAGAAGGGAAACAAGGGAACCAAGAAGUCCAAGCGGAAUGAAUCCGAUGAUGAGGCUAGCGGGUCCGGCCCCGAAGCUGCGACCAAGGCCCCUGGCACGGUGAAGGACAAGAUUUUGAACUACAUCGAAGCGAUUGAGUCACAGGAAAUUAGCGGUGAUGAGUGGGAAGUGGUGGGCUUUGCUGAGCCGGGGGCGUUCAAGGGACUGAACGAUUUCAUCGGUAACGAGACUCGCGGGCGAGGACGAGUGGAGGUGUUGGACAUGUCGGUGACCCACGAGGAUUGA